AUGACAGGAAUAUCAGAUGAAUAUAGCAAGUAUGAACCUUUCUUUGAUGCUGUGAAAGCUGGUGAUUGGAAAACUGCAAAGGAGUUUUACAACCAGCAUCCAGAGGCAGUAAGAGCAAGACAUCCGUUUUCCGGUAAGACGGCUCUUCACAUGGCAGUUGAUGCCAGGCAGACGAAAAUGGUGAAAAAACUGGUGAAGUUGAUGGAUGUGAAAGACUUGGAAAUAAAAUCGACAGUAGGUGGUGUAACAGCUCUUGGUGUUGCUUCAAAUACGGGGAUUACAGAAAUGGCUGAAUGCAUGGUAAAAAAGGACAGAAAAUUACUUACCACCCCCAAUUCAUUCAACAUGAUUCCACUUGUCAGAGCUUAUUGCAACGGCUAUUGGCAUAUGUCUCGGUACCUCUACUCCGAAACUCCGGUUGAAUAUUUAUGGGCAGACAACGGACCCAGUGGCGCUACAAUCAUCUCCCAAUCUUUUGCAUCCAAAGAAUUUGAAAUUGCAUGGGAUUUAAUUCAACUGUGCCCAAAAUUGGCUUUUACUACGGACCACUUUGACUCAACUCCUUUACACGCUUUGGCUGGUCUGCCUUCUUCAUUCCAGAGUGGAGCACAUCUCAAUUUCUGGCAACAAUGGAUCUAUGACCGCAUAGACAUACAACCUCCUCCUCUUACCGUCAAUUUUACUGCUAUAACUGUUCGGAAUGAAGAAAAUGGCCAAGCUAAUAACAAAAGGACUCCAAUGCGAUCAGUGGCAGGUUUAUUGGAAGGGCUUGUUUCUCAAUCAAAAAAGCAGAAGGAAGGCCUAGUUUCGUAUAUAGCUGAGAAACUUGGAAUCAACUGCAUCUACAAGAUCAAAACUGUCCAUGUCCGGUCCCUUGCAGUUUUAGAUGUCAUGUGCAAAGAGAUAAAGAAGUUGGACAUGGAUCAACAGCUGCUGAGCACUGUGGCUUCGGCAAUGCUCCGAGCUGUUGAUAAAGGGAACGUCGAGUUUAUUACUAAGAUAUGUAAAGCAAAUCCAGAACUUCAGUUCGUCUGGAAUAAUGAAAAAUCAAAGAUUUUAUUUCACUAUGCCGUCCAAUGUCGUCAAGAAAAGAUUUAUAACCUUUUGCAUGGGAUCUCUGCAAAAGACUGGUUCAUAGCUCUUACCGACAACGAUAAUAAUAACAUGCUACAUAUGGCAGGCUUGCUUGCCCCAUUUACACAACUUAAUUGUAUUCCAGGUGCAGCUUUGCAGAUGCAGCGUGAACUACAAUGGUACAAGGAGGUAGAGGCGGUUGUACCUCCCAAGUUUCUUGACUCUACGAACAAGGAUAAUUUGACACCAAGAGAUCUAUUUACAAAGAGUCAUAGUGAAUUGCUACAGAAAGGUGAAAAAUGGAUGAAGGAGACGGCAACUUCUUAUACUGUUGUAGGUGCUCUUAUUAUUACCAUGAUGUUUGCUGCUGCGAUUACAGUUCCUGGAGGAAAUAAAGAUACCGGCUUUCCCGCAUUCAUCAAUGAAAAAUUGUUUAUGGUGUUUAUAGCUUCAGAUGCUAUAUCACUCUUUUCUUCCACGACCGCAACGUUAACGUUUCUUGGAAUUCUCACAUCACGUUAUGCAGAAGACGAUUUCCUGAAAUCCUUACCCACAAAGAUGAUAAUAGGGCUUGCCAGUCUUUUUUUUGCUAUUGCAACCAUGAUGAUUGCGUUUUCUACUGCCCUUCUAAUUAUAAAUUGUGGACAUUCCUGGAUUGUGAUUCCGGUCAUACUUCUUUCAAGUGUUCCAGUCACUUUAUUUGCUUGGAUGGAAUUCCCCCUCCUAGUUAGAAUUACCGUUUCUACUUACGGUAAAGGAAAAUUUAAUAGGAAUGUGAAACGUUGGUUGUAAAGGUACUUCGGUAUUUUACAAUUAUUACUCUAUAUAUUUAUGUGGGUGUUGUAAGUACUAUUAAUUAUGUGGCCGUCCAC